AUGGCUGAAAAUGUAGCCCCAGGAAGUGCUGGCAAGGUAGCUAAUGCAUCAGAUCGAGGGAUCCCAUACUAUGAGAAGCUGCGACGUGAUCUUCGUGACACGAUCAAUAAGAAGCGCAUCCUUGAUCGAAACAUGGCCGCGAUCGAAGCUGAGAUUUACCGACAGGAGACAGCAUACCUUGAAGACACUUCAGCCGCUGGUAAUAUUGUGAAGGGAUUUGACAACUAUAUCAAAGCAGCCACAAAUACUGCUGCGUCGGGCACAAUAUCAGGCUCGCAGUUAGGUGGUACCCGUGGUCGCAAGGGCGCAGUGACAGAUGCAGAUAGAGUGUUCAGCAAGAGCAGCGUAAGUUACAAUCGAGACACGGAUAGUCCUGGGGUUGGAAGCGCUGUGAGUACGCCUGGUGGUGGUGGGACGCCUACUGCUAGUCUUGCUGGCGAUGCACGCGCAGAUAAGAAAAAGAAGAAGGCACCUGUGAACAACGACGACGACGAUGCAAGGAGUACGAAGAGACAGCAGGUUAGCUUUGGUAGCAGGAAACGUCACGACGACUGA